GCAUGUGCGUGCCGUGACAAUUCGUCUGCUAGUACGAAAGGCGAUCAUUGAGUGUUUCGGUCAGAAAGACAUGUAGUGUUCAUCACCGCCGUAAAGAAAUGAACACUACUCUUCUGCGGGCUUUGUGCAACUCUUCUGUACACAAAUGCCUACGUAACAUGAGCACAAAGACAAAGCAAUCUUAUCCAAAGGCUGUGAAAUUGUCGUACACUGAACAUGACUUUGAGCAGACUGGCAGCUGGGAGGUGGGUAGCCUAGGCAACAAAGAUUAUGCCCCACUUCUGGUACUACAUGGUCUGUUUGGUUCCAAGUCAAACUGGCACAGUAUUGCCAAGAAGCUGGCUGCAGAGGGGCAAAGGGUAAUAACUGUUGAUGGUCGUAACCAUGGAGACAGUGAACACAGUCCUUACAUGGACUACUAUGCCAUGAGGGAUGAUGUUCUGAGAUUGAUGGAUGACCUUCACCUUGAGCAGACGGUUCUGGUUGGUCACAGCAUGGGAGGCAAGAUCGCGAUGACUCUUGCUUUGUCACAGCCUGAGCGUCUGAAGGGCCUGGUCGUGGUGGAUGUUGCACCUGUGACCAGCCCUGGUGGGAGGUUGCUGCUGUCGUAUGCGGAGAGGAUGCGGCAGAUCGUUCCUGAUGAGGCGGAUGUGCAACUCAGACCAAUUGUUGAGAGUUCGCUAGUGCGGCAGUUCCUGCUGACUAACCUGGUGGAGAAACAUGGCACGGUGCAGUGGAGACUGAACUUGGACGCCGUCAUUGACAAUUACCACCAUGUCAUGGAAUUCCCAGAAUUUUCUCACCCUUUUGAGAAACCUACAAAAUUCAUUGGAGGAAGUUUGUCACAUCAUAUAAGUUCCGAAACAAUCCCCGAGAUCAAGACUCUGUUUCCGAUGGCGGACAUCACCCACAUCCCUGGUGCAGGACACUGGGUCCAUUCGGAAAACACGCCGGAGUUCAUCAACAUCCUGUCUGACUUCCUCACACAGGAGAACCUGUCUUGAUGCUGGUCGCACCAUGCAACUGUCUCCACAAAUGUAGAUACUAUGUUAACUUUAAUAUACUAGUAUUUAUAUUUCCUCUUUCAACAAGAACCAGUAUGGGUUCAGUUUCCUCAUGCUAGAGAGCUUGUCUUGAUAAUGUUGAAACGACAUCUCAUAUCUAGUCUCCACAGAUGUAGAUAUUAUUUUAACAUGAUUAUAUAACUUCAUUCAACAAAGACCAGUCUGUGAUGAUUCACAAAUUGGACAAAAAGAUUACAUCAAAAUCAGGAUCAACAAAAAAAUCAAAUGUUAUGCAUUUUACAUACUUUUUGUAGUAACAUAGCAUAUGCAAUGUAGCGGCUAGUUUAUCUCCACUACAGAUGUGAGUGUUCCAUCAUCCUGAUCAUUUCUAGUUUCAUAACAAAUUUUUAAUUUUCUGUUAUAGUUCAGUCCAUCAACAACUUGAUACAUGGAUAUAUUAACUCUUACAGUCCAUGGAGCGUAGUCUUCUGUUUACUAUGUGGCAUUAUACUGUAAACAAUUUACAAUGAUCACUAGUGAGAUUAGAAUUAUAAUUGUAUUUGAUACAUUAUUUCCAUUGUGAUUUAAGUCUGUGAUGUGUGUACUUACAAGCUUGUUAUUAUCUGUGUCAUGUUGCUGUGUACCAGGGAUUUACCUGGAGUCCUGUAUUUGAGGGUCCCUGGGACUCAUACUCUUAAUUUUCAGGGGGUCCUGGACAACA